AUGAAAAAGGAUUUGAAAGGAGAAAAAUUCAGAAACAAGGCUUUGUAGCAAAUAACAAAUUUGAAUCAGCUAAUCUUAGAUUAGUUUCAAAAGAUUCAAGUGGAUUCAGACAUUGAAUCUGAGGAUAUUUAAUUAUUAGAUGACUUUGAAAAAAUGGGACAUUAGGAACCUAACGAAGAGGGAACUGGAAGGAUAUCUGUCAAAAAAAACUUCAAUACUAUUGGAAUCAUUAAUUUGAGUCUUGAAAAAUCACUAAAUAUAAAUGAUAUUAAAGAAUGGAUCAAUAAAUAUCUGGGAUUGAGAACAACGACCAUCAAUUUAAAUUUGGCAUUGUAUUAUGAAAAAAAAUAAUUUUAUAUUGAAGAAGUGAAACAAAAAAAAAAGUUUAGGUUGUAAAAAAAUAAAUUGGAACAUAUAGAUGUAUUCAGCAUUUUCGAUGUAUUAAUAAAAUUAAAGCCAAAACAUAUUUGUUCUCUGAUUGCGAUAAUUGAUUAGGACAUCUUUGAUCCACUCUAACCUGAUUCAAAUAUUGUAGGAAGAGCAUGUGGUGAUGGAGUUUGUGUGGUUUAAUUUUAGGAGAAUCUGAAAGUAUUUUAUGGUACAAUCGUUCAUGAAUUGAUGCAUACACUUGGAUUCGAUCAUUGUUAUUUAUGGAAUUGUUUGAUGAAUGAAGAUGUUGAUUAAAGCAGUUUACACUUAUGUGUAAAUGAUUUGGAAAAGCUCUCUAUGAUCAAGUAGUAUGAUAAAGUUAAGCGGUAUCAAUCUUUGCUUAGUUUCUAUAAGAAGGUUGGGUUUUAGGAGGAGUGUAAAUGGAUUGAGAAAAUGAUCGAGAUUUUUGAAUAAUGA